CACUAGGGUUUCUAGGGUUCUUGUUUGCCCAUGGCGCUGGCGAAUGCUAGCGCCAGAGGACCGCCGCGGCGCGCUGGGGGUGGAUUGGCGAUCGCCUGAGCUGCAUUGCUACCGUCGUCGACAUGGUGAUCGCCUUCAAGCUCAACAAGAAUGGAUCGCGCUACAUGCCCAAGCUGGAGAGGAAGGAUCCGGCGGCAGCGUCGGCAAUUUCGAGAGGCGGAGGCGAUGGAGGCAGCAGCAACAAUGGAACGAAGCUCAAGCGGGACGAGAUGUUGCGUGGGAAAAACCAGGGAAGCACGACGACUUCCGAGGGAGAGGAUUCCCAUUGUGAUAAUUUUGAUCCAUCGUUUUCUGUGAAUUUAUUUCCUGAUGGAUUCUCGAUUGGAAAGCCCACUGAGGACGGAAAGCCUCCUCCAUUUGGAUACGAGCUUCCAGAGCUUGUCUAUCCAUAUGAUCGCACAAGUGAUAGCUUCCUAAGGGCAAUUGAUUGUGGAUGGCUUCCCAGUGAAAUGCUGGAAGACAUUCCCUGCACAUAUAUGGAUGGCUGCGUUGCUUGCGAGUUAAGGGAUUAUCGGGACAGUGUACCCUCGACUUUUGCAAGGCAGGAACUGAUAAACUGGAAGCCAAAAGUGCAUAAAGUCUUACUUCGUCCAUCUACGGAGACAAUUGUCAAGGACGUCGUCGCCAUGAGCGAUGAAACAUGGUCUUACAGGGAUCUUCUGGAAGUGGAAUCAAAAGUACUGAAAGCAGUGAAGCCAUCUCUUUGUCUUGAUCCUUCACCAGCGGUUGCUGCCAGAGCUCAUGUUCAUACAUACAAUCGGCUGAAAUUCAACAUCGGCCUUGGAUCUCGCCGUUAUAGGACUUCUAAAACUGCACUGAUGGAUAGGCGUGUUCGUUUGGCCGCUACAAGGUCUUUGCUAAGACACGAAAGCUUUAAAAGCCCCGACAAAGUAGACACGCCUGCAGGGGAGACAAAGUCGGACCACUCUGUGGAAAUCAUUCAGGAUCUGGCCGCCGGUGGCGUGCAAUCGAAAAUUACAAACGCUUCUCAGCCACCAGCGCCUCCACCUCUAUUAUACGACGUUCUUGGGAAGAGAGAAAGGGAGCCGGUCGUGAAGCUGGAAGCAAAUAAGAAACCGAAACCUGCAGCCUUUGAUUUCAAGAAUGCCAGGAAAGAUGACAUGUUCAAGUGGAAGAGUGCAGCCUAUCAGAACAAAGCAGCUGCGUCAAAAGCUACUGGAAACAUGGCUUCGCCAAAUGUGAACAGCCCGAGCACUCCAGUGAAAAGUCCAGGACCCGUCAAAAUUGAGCAGCCUCAUGUUUAUCAGCCACAGCCACCUCAGGUUCCUCCAGUUCCGGCAUCUGUUCCAGUUUCAGUUCCACUUUCGGCUCCUGUCGCUGCUCCAACUCCGGAAAGGGAGGCUUUGGAUAGGCUUUCUCUUUUGGUUUCGUCCAUUCAAAGACACGGUUUGCAUAAGAGGGAAAAGAAGGUUGAUCAGCCUCCACAGCCAUCGACGAAGACGCCUUCUUGGCAGUUGCUGUCUGUGGCACUGGCGGACACAUCGGAUGACUACCAAGAGCCUAAAGGGAAGAAAAGUCUGGCUAAUUCUCUGGUGGCUGGUAAUGUCAACGGAAAGAAAACUCGUUGUCUAAUGUUUGAGCGGACGGAACGUUUUUACCAAAGUAAGUACCAAAUGCUGGGAGGUCAAACGUAUCCAGUCAUUGUACACACUACAAAGCUGAGGCUUCUACUUUGCGGGCGUGCCAAGGACCCCAUGGUCGAAGCUGUUGUACAGAUAGAUGACGGCCAAGAAGAUGACGUAAAUAAUGCCCAACUUCCAUAUACUGUUCUUCCAACAAUACCUAACGCGGACAUGGCAGACCUUUUUGCCAAGCAAUACAUAGAUACGCUCGAAAAGGAAGGUUUUGUACUGAUGGACGACAAUAUACAAGCUCCGUCGGGUCCCCGUGGUUCCGCAACAAUGACCGCAGCUAUGGCUCGGCCCAUGCCCGCUGGAGCGUCAACCUUUGGUCAGCAGCAGCUAGCUUCUCCACGGAUGAUGAUGAGCCAGCAGAUGGCUCAGAUGCAGCAGCAGAUGUCCGCAGGCGGAGCCAUGGCAGCAGCUGCGAGAAUGCCACCUCCAAACAUGGCGGGCAACCGACUUGCAUACAACUUGCCUCAGUCAACAGCCGCUAAACCACUGCAGCAAAUCGACUCGCAGCUUGUAGCUCAGCAACAGCAGCAAAUGCAUUUGCAGCAACAGCAACAGUUCCAGCAGAGGCCGCAACUUAUGAACCAGAUCACGUCGCAGCUGCCAGGAUCAAUGAUGCCGUACCAGCUCAUUCGCAACAAUCCCGCUCUACAACGGAAAGUUAUGCUCCAGAACAGCAUGGGGAGUAUCGGGCCUGGACAAGCCAACCUCAACAUGGUGGGGAUGAAUCCCAUGAACAACGUGCCUGGCAUGGGUGGGAUUGGCAACAUUGGCGCGGCUGGAAUAUCGGGACUGGGCAUGGGACAGGUUCCAAACUUAAUGAACCAGCAGCUCCGUCCGGGCAACAUGACUCACGCUCAAGCACAGUAUAUGCAGCAAAAGCGCUUCGCGGCCGCGGGGAGAGCUCCUCGGCUCAUGGGGAACAGCAUGACCGCGGGCCUCGGUACGACGGGGGGAUUGAAUAUGCUGGCAUCACAGCGGGGGAACUUGGGUGUUAUGCGAGGCGCUGUGCCGAGUCCGGGCAUGGGACCUCCGAAAACGCCAGCUUCCAACAUGGCUGCGCAGUAUUAUAUGAACCAGCAGCUCCUACAACACCAGCAGCAGCAGCAACAGCAACAACAAGCCGCCGCACAACAGCAGCAGUUUAAUCAGCAGCAGCAGCAGCUCCAACAGCAGACGCCACAACAGCAGCAGCAGCAGCAGCACUUGAAUGCUCAGCAACUAAACACGCAGCAGCCACAGCAGCAGCAACAACAACAGCAGCAGCAGCAACAGCAGCAGCAGCAGCAGCAAUUGACACAGAUGACUUCCCAGCAACAGAUGGCAGUGAAUUCUCUACAACCAGUCGGACAGCCGCUAAACCAUCCCAGUCCACAGCAGCAGCUGGCACAAGCGCAGCUCACGAGCGUUCCACAAGUAACAGGCCUUUCUCAACAGCAUCUCAUCAACCAGCAGCAGCAGCAGCUCCAGCAGCAGCUAACUCCCCAGCAGCAACAGCAACAUUCCCAGCAGCAGCAGCAGCAGCAACUAAGUUCUCAAGCACAACUUAGCUCUCAAGCACAGGUUCUCAACGCCCUACUCUCCUCGCAAGUUGGGACGAACAGUGGUGGAGGAGGGGCCGCGUUCUCGGUUGGAACUCCACUGGCUGGAACUCCAGGGAUGGUGGGAACUCCAGGCAUGGUUGGAACUCCGACUCCUUCGAGCCCGCAAGUGAGCUCACAGACGAUUGGAUCCGCGGCUGGUGCUAGUGCUACGAUCCCGAGCUCGCCGAUGGAGAUCAACCAAGUUCGAGCUUCUCCAUCACCAGCGCAAACGUCGUCCUAGACAAGGAAUUUUUUCUCUAACAGUGUUUCUCUACAGAUAAACGUUUCCAACGAUAGAAAUAGACACGUUAAGUAACCCUUU